CCCCCUUCCAAGAGAACUAGGAAGUUAAACCACCGAACAAGAACCCGCUCGUCCAUUCACCUCGUGUUCGCUCUUCUCUCAUCGAUUCUGGAGAGCAAUGUUUUUUUUUUUUUUUUUGUUUUGAACACUCUUAAUAAGAUAACCCGUCGUCAUUUAGAAAUCUGUUCAUUGUAUGCUUCGGUUAAAAACUGCUAGUUGCACCAAAGGAGCACCGUUCUAGCAAUCGUCCACAUUGUGCAUCCAAAUCGGUUGAGCAUAAUCUCAUCCCCGCGCAAACUUCACGUCCGAUUAUUUGGAUGAAAGGUGGAGUACUAGAAACAAUGACAAAGGAGAAUCCUUGGAAUAUACCUCCUAAUGCUCCGGCAUGCAUGGAGAAGCAUCUUUGCGCCGCACAGUACCGAGCAGACGGUACCUUGUUGCUGGGUGCUUCGAGUCUCACUGGCAGGAGUUGGCAGGGCUCUGUAUGGAUCUACAGCAACCCUGAGCAGGCCCCCAACGAGGGCUUCUGCAAAGCUGGCGUGCAGACAGAGACCGGAGUAACGGAUGUCAAGUGGGUGUCGGAAAAGGGUGUUGUUGUGGCAUCAGAUUCGGGUGCCCUGGAGCUGUGGGAGCUGGCUGAGGAGGAGCGCCUCCUGAUCAAUCGCUUCACCAAGCACGAGCACGAUCAUAUUGUCACCACCGUCAGCCCCGUGGCCGCAGCAAACAGUGUCGUCACUGGGAGCAUGGACUGCAGAAUUAAAGUGUGGGAUCUGAGCCAGGAGGCCGUCGUUACUUCAUACAACGUGCACACAAAGCCAGUCACUUGUGUUGCAUGCAGUCCUACAGACGGUUCCCUUUUCAUCUCCUGUGGUCAGGACGGCCGCGUGCUCAUGUGGGACACAAGGAAGCCAAAUAAACCAGCCACAAGAAUAGAUUUUGAGGCGUCGCCCUGCUUGCCCACCACUGUCUCCUGGCACCCUCAGGACAGAAGCACCAUUGCUUUUGGCGACGAGCUCGGGAGAGUGACCAUUAAAGAUUUCCUAGCGACUGAGCCAAAUCGCACGGCAAACGUCCACAAACGCAGAGUUAACGGGCUGGCCUUUUCUCCACACAGUACCUCUUUGCUGGCCUCCAUUAGUGACGAUUGCUCCCUUGCGGUUUUAAACUCGGAACUCCAGGAAGUAUUUAUAGAUCGACGCCACCAAGACUUUGUCAAGGGUGUGUGCUGGGUCCAGGGAGACUCGAAUAACCUCACUACUGUGGGCUGGGAUCACUUUGUGCUUCACCACAAGGUUGAGCCAACAGGGGGCAUCCUCAACUCAUUUUAGACCUAAUCCUAAUCAUAGUUUAACAGCUCACGGUUAUAUAGUUGUCUAUAUGUGUACUAUACAACUUUAGCUAGAAGUCUUUCACGUCCGCACUCUUUGAAUACCUAUGUUUGGAAAAUAAAGGUUGUUAAAAGUA